AUGAUGAGAGCGCGCUGCUGGGACCACCGGAAAAAGCCACGGGUGACCCAGGACUCAGGACCCAGGAGCAUGCGGCUUGCAGGACAAGAGACAGCGGGUCAGCUACAGGUGACGCCAAUGCUCACACCCAAUGGCAGCGGGCUGAGCCAGGAGUUUGAAGGCCAUUGGCCGGAGAUCCCAGAGAGGUCCCCGUGUGUGGCCGGGGUCAUCCCUGUCAUCUACUACAGCGUCCUGCUGGGCCUGGGGCUGCCUGUCAACCUCCUGACCACAGUGGCCCUGGCCCGCCUCGCCGCCAGGACCAGGAAGCCCUCCUACUACUACCUUCUGGCGCUCACGGCCUCGGAUGUCAUCACCCAGGUAGUCAUCGUGUUCGUGGGCUUCCUCCUACAGGGAGCAGUGCUGGCCCGAAAGGUGCCCCAGGCUGUGGUGCGCGCGGCUAACAUCCUGGAGUUUGCUGCCAACCACGCCUCAGUCUGGAUCGCCGUCCUGCUCACGGUUGACCGGUACAGCGCCCUGUGCCACCCCCUGCACCAUCGGGCCACCUCAUCCCCAGGCCGGACCCGGCGGGCCAUCGCUGCUGUCCUUGGUGCUGCCCUGCUGACUGGCAUCCCCUUCUACUGGUGGAUGGACGUGUGGAGGGACGAGGACCCCCCCAGCACACUGGACAAGGUCCUUAAGUGGGCUCACUGCCUCAUCGUCUAUUUCAUCCCUUGCGGCGUUUUCCUGGUCGCCAACUCGGCCAUUGUCUGCCAGCUACAGAGAAGGGGCCAGAGCGGGCCUCGGCCCCGGGUGGGCAAGAGCACCGCCAUCCUCCUGGGUGUCACCACGCUCUUCGCCCUCCUUUGGGCACCCCGCAUCUUUGUCAUGCUCUACCACCUGUACGUGGCCCCCGUCUACCGGGACUGGAGGGUCCACCUGGCCUUGGAUGUGGCCAACAUGGCGGCCAUGCUCAACACAGCCGUCAACUUUGGGCUCUACUCCUUUGUUAGCAAGACCUUCCGGGCCACUGUCCAGGAGGUCAUCCAUGACGCCCACCUGCCCUGCACCCUGGGGUCACAGCCAGCGGGCGUGGUGGCGGAACCUGUGCUGAAGCCUGCAGGACUCCCCAAAGGGGCAGGACUGUAGAGGAGGAGCCCAUGCAGGGAGCUUGGGGUGUCUCACAGCCAGAUUACUGGGGUCUUUGUGGUUGCUUCCACAAAACUUUAUCAGUACCCUACUUUGCAAUCUGGGGAUGGAAGGAGAGGCUCCUUCCUUCAGGGGUGGCUUCCCAGGAAGCUAAAUUAGUGUUGGUUGAAUGAAUGAGUGACUGAAUAGAUGGAUAGAUGGAUGGAUGGAUGGAUGAAUAUGAGUUGUUUCCAGAUCACCCCUUCCUGGAGCCCACCUCUCAUUCCCUGAGUUGAUUACUUCUCCGGCUUCUAGUGGCAAUGCCAGGGAGAAAGGGAGAUGUCCGCCGGAUUCCAGGCCUUUCCUGGGCUGCAGGAACCAAAUGCAGGGGGCUGAACAAGGGGAGACGGGCUGCCUGAGAAAGGGAGUGGUCUUUUUUUUUUUUUUUUUUGAAAGGGAGUGGUCUGAAGCAGAUUCAAUGCCCCAGCCCUGGGGCGACAUAACCUCUGGGGUCUCUAGCAUCCUGGACUGAUUAAAUCCCUGCCCUGGAGCCAGAACAGGUUCAGGGCCCCAGAACAGCCCUGGGGAGGCACUUUCCAUAGUUGCUGAGGACCAGGACUAAGAAAGAAAAUGUCCUCUUAGCUCAGGGGCCAGGAGAGCAGAAGGGGGCUCCCGGCCACACCCCUAAGCUCACUCCUCUUGGAGAAGAAGCCUCUUUCUCCACCAAGGGGAGGAAGGGGGAUGGCUCUGCCGAUCUGAGACUCUGAGGGGCUCUGCUCGGCCCCUCCCAGCCUCCCUCCUUUCAGCCAUGCCAACCGGGAGAGGCAGCUGGGAGAGAUUAGCAGACAAACCUCCCACCUGCUCCAGGCACUGGGUAAACACAUUAGCAGUCUGCUCUCUGCUUUUAGACCAGACUGAGCUGACCUUUCCCCUGAACGUGAGGUCCAGGCGGGCCCCCACAGGCACGCAACCCCUUAAUGGGAUCACAGAAGGGAAAGAGCCAGUUCUGUGCUGGGCAAACGGUCGGUGCAAAAUAAAUGCACUUGGCUUUCCCCCUUUCCUCUCUACUUCUCCCCACAGCAGAAAUGUCCAGGAAGGGACUUUCAGCCACACCCAGAAGGAGGAAAAGGCAGGUCCCCAAUCCUUUAUCCACAAUUCUAAACUCCAAAAACUCUGAAAACCAAGACCGUUUUCCUGAGUUUGCCACAAACACACCAGAAUAGAUACAAGACCACAUAUGUCUUGGUGCUGUCCUACUGCAUAGGUUCCGCUGCAGACUCUCAGCGGGCGUGAUUUUGCGACCACGCCCUACACCCUGCCGGAAUAGAGAUCUGUUACUUUAUCUAAACCACACAUUACCUUCCUCUAUUCUGAAAAAUUCUGAAUCCUGAGACACCUCUGGUCCCAAGAGUUCAGAGAGAGGAUUGAGGACCUGUACGUCCCAUCACUUUUGCCACAGCAAGGUCUCAGCUGGCCCUGAGUGGGUCUGGGGCAUGGCAGAUUCCCCCAUGGUUACCGAAGCAAACUUGGGUCCGCUUGCCUGCUCACAGUCAAGCCAAUCUACUGACACCUGGUUGUGGUGAAGGAAAGGGCAGCAUUGAUCGCAGGGCGCCAAACAAGGAGUCCAGGCAGCUAAUGCUCAGAAGCAACUCCCUGAUGGCUUUUAGGGAACGGUUUUUAGACAGGGGGAGGGGGAGGGUUGCAGGGUGAGUGAUCAGCUCGUGGACACUCUUCUGAUUGGUGGGUAGUGAGAGAAUCAACAUCAUCGACCUUCUGUUUCCAAUUGGUCUGGAGUCUACAUGCUUGUGGGCAGCAUACAGUUAAUUUCUUCCACCUGGUAGGGGUUUCAGUCUCUGCAAAACAGCUCAGAGGACUUGGCACAGAGUAUUAUCUAUAGCCCUUGAGGAGGAACUAAAGGUCCUUGACUUUGCUUAAUGAUGAAACUAUUAUUAUUUUGUCUUGUUUGACUGUUUUCUUUUUUUCCAAUAAAUGUAUUUCCUUGUAAUUUAACAUACCAGAUAAGGAGUUCGGGCCUUUUAAGCCCUAGCUGCCUGGACUCCUUGCUUGGUGCCCUGCAAUAAACGUUGCACUUUCCUUCACCACAACCAGUGUCAGUAGAUUGGCUUUACUGUGAGCAGGCAAGUGGAAUCAAGUUUGGUUUGGUAGCACUAUGUGCACGCAGACGUGUCCGUGGGUAGAGCUGAGGCACCAGAGCUUCAUUCCUUGCUUAAGGGGGAGGGGGUGCAAGUCCAGGAACCCCAAGAAGGGGCACAAGAAGGUGAGAGGAGGCCUUCCCCAGCCCAGCCCCAGGGGCCAAGUCCACCCUACAGAAGAUAGGUGCUUUUGAUGCAGAAUCAAAUGGAAUGUCUUGAGGGAGAGACCCCCCCUCCCCCUCUAUACGAAACCUGUGGGGCCCUGCAGGAGAGCUGCCCAGUACCAGAGGGUACCCUUGGCAUGGAAGGCAACUGUGGUGGGGCAAGACUGGAAGCCUGGGACUUUCCUGGUGGUCCAGUGGUUGGGACUUCGUGCUGCCACUGCGGGGGGCAUGGGUUCAAUUCCUGGUCAGGGAACUAGGAUCCCGUGUGCUAUGUAGCACAGCCAAGAAAAAAAAAAAUGAAGAUGGGAAGCCUCUUUCAACUGGCUGGUGGGCUGUCUUCAAGGAGACAGAAAGAUUCACUCACCUGUCCCCAAACACCAGGGAAACCAGGUAGUUCCAGAAACAGGUGAGGAGGCUCUAUUGAGGCAGGUAGCAUUUUGCACUGGUGGGGGAUUCAAGCCAUGGGAAUGUGGGUGUCCCUAUUGAUGUGACCUCACUUGUACCCACAGGCUAGAGCGACAUCAAUGUUUUCAAAUAACCCAGGAUCCUGAGUAUUGCGACCAUUUUACAGACAGAGGAAACAGAGGCACAGAGAGGUUCAGUGAUAUGCACGUGGCCCUAAGCUGGUCAAGAACACCACUGAGACUCAAAUUCACGUCUACUGGUCCCUGUUUCCUUCUCAGUCCACCCGUCACCUUGCAGGUGGUCUCAGGUGCAGAAGAUUAGAGGAAGGGCAGCUUCAGGGCUGCUUGCAUCACUUGUAACUUUUUGGUUCUGGACUUAACAGAUUCAGGAACCAAUAUCAUAUUUCUCUAAUAAGAUGCAUUAGGUAGCAGUUCCUUUUUAAUAUUUUCGUAACUUUUUUUUUUUCUUUUGUGGUACGCGGGCCUCUCACUGUUGUGGCCUCUCCCGCUGCGGAGCACAGGCUCUGGACACGCAGGCUCAGCGGCCAUGGCUCACGGGCCCAGCCGCUCCGCGGCACGUGGGAUCUUCCCGGACCGGGGCACGAACCCGUGUCCCCUGCAUCGGCAGGCGGACUCUCAACCACUGCGCCACCAGGGAAGCCCUAUUUUCAUAACUUUUAAUAAAAGGAUGAGAUCAUCACUGUGAUAAGCAUGUCACUGUAAUGGGAAUGAAGAGUAUUCUUAAAACUGCUCUUGAUGACUAAUAAGAACCUGCAGUAUAAACAAACAAACAAACAAAACAACUAAUACUAAACUUUCUUUGGCUUAUUUGUAUAGAAAUAUGUUAAUAUAAAUGUUUCAGACAUGACAUGAAAUUUCUAAAAAUCUUUAAAAAAGAAACAAAACUGCUCACGUUUCCUUUAUGCAUUUCUAUUGUCAAACUCUCAAUGGCUUCUGGAGAACAAGACAGCAGGGGUGUGGGUACCCUUCUCGCCUCCAUCCCAUCUGCUGAAAUAGCUUGGCUAACGGAAAUCCUUUUUGGAAUUCUAAGUUUUUUCCUUACAGGUCGCCCCCCCAACCCCCACCCCACACACAAUUUGUCAGUUGAUCUUAUGUUCUAUUUUUUAACCCUUUGUUAAUAUUUAAAGACAAUGAUUUUUCUAGUGUCUUUCACAUCUUUCCAAGUCUAUAUAUGAUUUUUGCUGUCUUCUGGUCUCUACAUCCAUGUGUAUUUGUCUUCUAGGGCUGCCUUAACAAAAAAAAAAAAGCCAUAGACUGAGUGGCUUAAACAACAGAAAUUCAUUUUCUUAAGAUUCUGGACGCUGGAAGUCCAAGAGCAAGGUGUUGGCAGGUUUGGUGUCUUCUGAAACCUUUUCCCUUGGCUGGCAGGUAGCUGUCUCCUAUCUAUGUCUUAAAAAGCUCUUUCCUCUUUGCGGGCACAUGCCUGGUGUCUCUCCUUUUAAGGACACCAGUCAUACUGGAUGAGUGGUCACCCUAAUAGCCUCGUUUUAACUUAAUCAUCUCUUGAAAUUCACAUUCUGUGGUACAGGGGGUUUAGGGCUUCAAUCUGUGAAUUUAGGGAGACACAAUCCGGCCCAUACAUUAAGGUUAUUUUUCUUCUCUUUUCUUUUCUUUCUUUCUUUUUUUUUUUUUUUUUUUUUUUUUUUGGUCCGUGUCACACAGCGUGCAGGAUCUCAGUUCCCGGACCAGGGGUUGAACCUGGGCCUCCACAAUGAAGGCGCUGAAUCCUAACCGCUAGGCCACCAGGAAAGUCCCCCCUGUGGUUAAUUUAAAGAAAAAUGUUAGUUUGGUGCAUAUCCAGCUCUUGAUGAAAGGAAUUUUUCUCUUAGCUUUAUAGGCAAUGUCCCUCCACUUUUCCUUCUGGUUGGCGUAGCAGGAUUCAGCCUCAGUCUUGUAUCUUUCAACACGACCUCUCCUUUCUCCCUGGAUUCUUGGAAGAUCUUGAUUAAACCGUAAUGAAGAUGUAUCUGGGGACAAGUGUCUUCCUUCAAGAAGUUUGCCCGAAGUCUGCUACAGAGCUUUUCAAUUCCACACUGAGAGUAUCUUUUCGUUCAGAAGAAUUUUCUUCACUUUCUUAAUCGUGACUGGGUUGC